CUCUCUCUCUCUCUCUCUCUCUCUCUCUCUCUCUCUCUCUCUCUCUCUCUCACACACACAGGACACAACGAUAAAAUUUUAGAAAAGACACAAUCUUUUGAGAUUUUAAAUCUCUAAAGCUAAAAGUGAUCAUCACUUAAUGAAGAUGCGAAACAUCCCUUUUCAUGGGGCUAGUGGGUACAGUAGCUUAAAAGCUAACAACUUAACAUUCAAGAAAGUCGUGAAGAAAGUGAUGAGAGAUCGGUCGUAUAACCAAUUCAUGGUUCAGAUGGAGAACAUGCUCAGAAGAAUUGUUCGAGAGGAGCUUGGCCGUCUUAUUCGACCUGAUACCUCUUCGUCGUUGGCCCCAAUGGAGCAAUCACGUUUGGAAACGCCGUCCUCACGUCAACGAUUCAAGCUGCGAUUCAUAAACUCGCCGCCGCCGUCGAUAUUCACGGGGGCCAAGAUCGAAGCCGAUGGUGGUUCUCCCGUAGCGAUCGAACUUGUUGACGCCGCCACGAAUGCUCGAGUCGUUUCGGGACCGCUCUCGUCUUCCCGCGUCGAGAUCGUGCCGCUGAACGCUGAUUUCACGGACGAAAGCUGGACCGUUGACGUGUUCAAACGGAAUAUUCUCAAGCAACGCGAAGCGAAACGGCCCUUACUCACCGGAGAUAUAACGUUGGCGCUUAGAGACGGCGUCGGAGUGAUCGCCGGAGUGGUCGCUUUCUCGGAUAAUUCGAGUUGGACUAGGAGUCGAAAGUUCCGGUUAGGUGCUAGAUUAACCGGAGGUGGAGCCGUGGAGGCGAGAAGUGCAGCCUUUAAGUGUAAAGACCAACGAGGAGAAUCUUAUCAAAAACAUUAUCCUCCGUCUCCUAGUGACGAGGUUUGGAGACUAGACAAAAUCGCGAAAGGUGGCGUUUCAGCGAUGCGUUUGGGUAAACAGAAGAUUUAUACCGUCAAAGAUUUCCGCCGUUGGUAUGCGAUAGAUCCAAAUGCGCUAUACACGAUACUUGAUGGAGCAGUCUCGAAGAGGAAAUGGGACGCAAUUGUAUUUCAUGCGAAGCAAUGCGUGUUGGACGAAACAGAGUGUUACGUCUACGACUCAAGCACUCACGACGUAUCACUUCUCUUCAACUCUGUUUACGAAGUGACCAAAGUGUUUAGCGGCGGUGCGCUUCGAAACGCCGAUCAGGUCCCUAGCUAUCUGCUGGACCAAUAUAAGCUUGAAGCUUAUCAAAACCUUAACCGCUUUAGAGACGGUAGGACCUUUGUGGAUCAUCCGCAAAAAUCCUUACAGUGCCCGCAAAACUCAGGAUUUGGCAUUGCCUGUCCUGGAUUGCAGCAUCCCAACUUUCAAGGAAUCUCUGGUCCAUCAGAUUCUUCGAGGCCGCUUUACUUCACAGCUGGAAGCUCCACGGUCCAACCCGAUAUGCUUAUGAGUUUCGAAAACUCACCAGGCACAACGUUUCAUAUCGACGGAAAGUUCUUACAGAGAAACAGCUUCAGGGUAAGUGAGCACGAUCCGGUGCACCGCGAAUCACAAACUAUAGUGACAGGAGGUUAUACCGAGAAUGACGAGGAUAGUCAUGAGAGCACUUUUGGUUAUGAUCAUUAUCAUGACAUGCCGUCGAACUGGUCGCCUGGUACGACGCAUUUUGCGCAACAAGCGUAUGACAGUUUGUGUGUUAGCGUGUCUGGUACGCAAGAAGCUGGAACGUUUGAUGUUCGUAUCGCAAACAUUGUGGGCUCUCCGAGAGCUAGGUGGUGUAAGGUUAAGGCAGCUUUCAAGCUCCGAGAAGUCUGGAGAACAACUGCCAGAAGACGUGGGAAGGCCUGUAAGAAACCUUGCCUGCCGUAUUAGAUUCAGACGUUUCUUGCGAGGCACGAAAGAUGGGUAUAUAUAUAUUAUAUGUGUGUGUUUUUCCUUCUGACAAAAUAGGUUUAGAUAGAUGGAUCCCGGCCAUUUACUGUUUAAAAUGGUUUCAUAAGUUUCGAGGAUUAGUCUUUGUGUAUACCAUGUUUGAUAUUUAUCACCAAAUCAAUCUACAUUUUUAUAUUUUUAAAUAUAUGUUUUGCCCAUAAGUCGAAAUGGUUUUAUAGGAAAGGGUUCUGUAAGUUGUUAGCCUUAAUUGCCAUAUCAAUUUAUGUUUUUCUCUCUUUUCCGGCGAUACCACAUUUUUUAAGCUGAUUUUAUUUUGACAAAAUGAAUUUACAAUUUUUCAAUUAUUUUGUAAAUAUAUACUUGGUUUAUACCUAGAUGUGAUUUUCUUUUCCUCGAACUGAUUUAGGAAGAAGACUAUUGGCUUCCUCUAAUCACAAAAAAAGUCUAUGAGUAAGUGAACACAUUAGUAGCUCUGCUUCAUUCCUUUUAAAUCUGUCUUCAUGUGAACAAGUUUGCAGAAACUGUGGUUUCUUUCUACUUUCCUUUCUCUAACACACACACACACACUCAUAAUUAUUAAAAGCAAUUUCACGGAUCCCGGUCGUGCGUACCGCCACUUGGCUUUCCACCCGACAACGAUUUGGCAGAUGUUUUGUUUUGUGUCAUUAAUCUACCAGAAAGGCCAUAAUCAUUAUUGAUCAAAAGAGCGACCAAGGGCUUUUUUGUCUUCUUACCACAGUCACCACCAUGGUUUGAAAGGGUUUUUAAGGAGCUCUUAAGCCUUUCUUCAUGAAUCAUCAUGACCCAUACCACGCAACAAAAAAAGAAGCAAUCUUGCCGCCGUUUCUUCAUAUCAACCGUCUAGGGUUUAUAGUGAUCAGUCCCCCCAAAAAGAAUAAAACACCCUUUUUUUUCUCAGGGUUAUCCAGAUAAUUGGGACUGGUAUUGGCUACUGUGGUAUACAAAUGGAGCUCUUAAAAGAAAG